AUAUAUUAUUUUACUAAAGACUCUGACUGACUACCAUGGCUGUGAGCACCUUUGGAGCAUUUAUUUGCAGCUUGAUCACAAACAGCUAAUGCCAUUGUACAUACUGAGCCAUUCACUAACUGAAAUGGAAACCCUAAGGCAAGACCGAAGCUUUGGUAGCUUUGUUGCCACUAACAGAGCAUCCUGGCUGGUGUUCAUCAUUAUUCUAGUUACUUGCUGCUCAUCUUUGCAUAUAAGAGCCCGUCCUCUCAUCCCCAAUUCUCCUUUCCUCUCCAUCUGGAAUGCUCCUACAGAGCUUUGCACUGAGAAGACUCGAGUGCAGCUGGAUAUGAGACUCUUCCACUUGGUAGGAAGCACACUAAAGACAUCCACUGAGCAGAGUAUUACUAUAUUCUAUGCUAACAGGCUGGGCAAUUAUCCUUACAUAGAUGAGAACACAGGUGAGACGUUUAAUGGUGGGAUCCCCCAACUCUGUUCCAUGGAGCAUCAUUUAAAGAAAGCCAAUGAUGACAUUAAUUUUUACAUGCCUUCAGAUGAACUGGUUGGCUUGGCUGUCAUCGACUGGGAAAACUGGAGGCCACUAUGGAUACGGAACUGGAGCUCGAAAGACAUUUACAGACAGGUGUCUGUUGAGUUUGUUCAGCAAAAAGAUUUAAGCCUAUCAGAAACCCAAGCCAGGACUUUAGCCAAAAUGGAAUUUGAAGAUGCAGCAAAAUCACUUAUGUUGCAAUCUUUAAAACUGGGAAUAUCAAUGAAGCCAAAUCAUUUGUGGGGAUAUUACCUUUACCCUGACUGCUAUAACUAUGAUUACAAGCAAAAUCCCCACAAUUAUACAGGAAGCUGUUUAGAUAUUGAAAUAGCAAGAAAUAAUGAGCUUAAUUGGUUGUGGGAGGAAAGCACAGCACUUUACCCAUCUGUCUAUCUGGAAACGGCCUUGAGAUCUUCCAAAAAUGCACCACUCUUUGUUCGUAAUAGAGUUCAAGAAGCCAUUAGAGUUUCUAAUGUUUCAAAUUCCACCUGUCCACUUCCCAUUUUUGUAUAUACACGUCCAGUAUUCACAGAUUUCAAUCAGGAAUAUCUCUCUCAGGAUGACCUUGUAAAUACCAUUGGAGAAUCUGCUGCAUUAGGGGUGUCUGGAAUUGUAAUCUGGGGAGACCUGAAUUUAACAUUGAGUGUGAGCACUUGCAGGACUCUGGACAGCUACCUUAGGCACACUCUGAACCCUUACAUCAUCAAUGUAACGAUGGCAGCCAAAAUCUGUAGUCAGGUAUUAUGCCAUGACUCUGGUGCAUGUGCACGAAAGAAUUGGAACUCCAGUGACUAUCUUCAUCUGAACCCAGAGAAUUUUGUCAUUCAGAUUUCAAGGAAUGGGAAUUAUGCCAUACAAGGGCAGCCAUCAUUUCAGGAUCUGCAGCGAUUUAUAGAAAAAUUUUAUUGCCGCUGUUAUGCAGGCUACAAUUGUGAACCUAGUGUUGAUAUAAAUGACAUCCACUACAUCAAUGCCUGCAUUUCAGAAGAUAUUUGUGUUCAAGUAUCUUUAAAUUCACUUUCUAAUGUAGAAGCCCCUGGGGGCAGAGCCUCUUCCAGCACGAGUAUAUUUUCAUUUACCCCACAGAGAAACAUAACAUUACCUGCACAUAAUGCAACAGGUUUUCAGCAAACUAUUUGGAAUAACACAUUCAACGUAUCUACUGCAGGACACAUCAAUGCCCCAACUAACAGUAGUGGUGAUUUAAAGAUAACCAAUACUCAUAGCUUCAGUAGUUCAUCGUCUGAUGAGAUGAAGAUAUUGGAUGUGGUUUGUUUAAUUCUAAUUUUGAGAAACCUAAUCUAAAUGGCUCAACUGAUGAAAGAAUGCCAUUUUCAUUCUUUCUUUCUUCAAGGAUGUGUUCAGCAUUCUGGAGUUUUUAUUCCCACAAAGGGACCAUUCUUA